CUCCUCAUGGAACAUAUUGAUAUGAAGCUAAUAUGUUUUUGUAAUCUCGGAAAAACAAACAGGAGCUGGAUUUCAUCUACAGCGUGAUUGUAAAGUAAUUCCCUAUUUUAAAUACUUUUUUGCUGAAAUUGUUUGAUCGUUACUGUGUGAAUGGCUGUUUGUUUCUAUGUUCCCCGCGAUUGCUGGCGACCAGUUCAGGGUGUACCCGCCUCCCGCCCGCAGUUCGCUGGCGUAGGCUCCAGCAUACCUGCGACCCGCGUGAGGAUAAGCAGUGUAGAAAAUGGAUGGACGCGUGUGUAAAAAAAAAAAAAAAAUGUUGCUGAUCCCUUGUGGUCUUCUGGUGGUGUGGCGGCUCACGCAUCCUGCUGUUCAAUUGGACGACCGUGAGAUAAAUAUAAUACAAAUGUCGCAACAAUGUCACAUACAAAUGCUCAUAAAUUUAGCAAUGUGUAAAUAAAUUCGAUGCAUUACUUUUCAUUUGAGAGGUCUUUACCUUUAAUAUCAGUUUGCCCCUUCGGCACUCAGAAAACAUGUUUUUAAUUUGCUUUAGAAUAUAAAUUAAACUAAAAUCCAAAUAAUUUAGAUGUUUUUUCAAACCUUAUGCGACUGCGCGAGCGCGCACGUUGCUACUUGACACGUGACGGUUGACCAGGAAGCGCGCAUGCGCAGAAGCCCGUCACUUAUGAUCCUCUUACAAGCGUGCACGCCCGGUGCGCAUUCACGUUGACCAUCUGAGUGUUGUAGAAGAGGAAGAGGAGUGCUUGAAGUGACGUCAUCAUCACUUUGUAUGCUGUGGCGACUUAGUGACGUCAUGUGGACGCUGACUGACGACGAGAGGCUUGGAGUGGCGAUCUUCAACUUCCGGAGUUGCGUCCCUCAGACGCUAACGUUGGAGCUCGGUGAGACCGUUCACAUUGUGGAGAAAUGCGACGGAUGGUUUCGAGGAUUCUCUAGCAGGAGGUCAAAUAUCAAAGGAAUUUUCCCGUGCAGCUACAUUCAUCUGAAGAAAUGCACCGUCACCGCUAAAGGGCCUGACAAGGUCGUGGUGCCCGUUGAAGACGGGGUCGUUACUGAGGUGACGUCCACGCUUCGGGAAUGGGCGUCGCUGUGGAAACAACUCUACGUGAGACAUAAGGUGGAUUUGUUCUUCAAAGUGGCUCACGUGAUGUCAGAGCUGAUGGAACUCAGGAGGCAGCUGACGACGGCGUCUCAGCUGACGCAACAGCAGAAACGAGACGUCAAAAGACACGUGACCGCCAGACUGGACUGGGGAAACGAACAUUUGGGUUUGGACUUGGUGCCAAGAAAAGAGUUUGAGAUGGUGGAUGAAGAUCAAAUCAGUGUUUCCGAUCUUUACAAGAUGCAUCUCAGCAGCAGAAACAACAUUCAACAUAACUCACAGACUAACUUAAACCUUAACCAGAAGAACGGUGGUGGCGACCCGUGCAGAGUGCCAGUAGCACAUCACCUACUUGUCAACUUGAAGAGUUUCACCUACAACAACAUCGGUGAGGACAGCGACAUCUUCUUCUGGCUCUAUGACUCGAGGGAGGGAAAAAGCAUCAGUGAAAGGUUCCUGGUUAGACUCAACAAAAACGGAGGGGUGAAGAAUCCAGAGAAAUUGGACAGGCUGUGCGCUCUUUUUACGGAUUUGAGCAACAAAGAUAUGAAGCGAGAUCUGUACAUCGUCUCACAGGUGAUUCGUACAGGGAGAAUGUUGCUGAACGAUCACAAAAAAGGUCCACCGCACGUUCGAUACCGACGCCCUUACGGCUGCGCUGUUCUCGCCAUGAGCGAUGUCCUGCAAACCAUCUCCGAACUUAAAGAGGAGAAAGACUUUGUCCUCAAAGUCUACAUGUGUAACAACGAGAGUGAAUGGUACCAGAUCCAUGAGAACAUCAUCCGCAAGUCCAGUACCAAAUACUCAGCGCCUGGAAACAACUACGGUCUCAUCAUUUCGUUGCAGCUGUUGCGCGGCGACUUGGAGGAGCUCCGUUGUGAAAACAAAUGGAUGUUAAGUGGAGGCGUGGCCAUGACGCGCAAGCUCAGCUUCCCUGACGUCAUCAUGCCCGGUGACAUGCGAAACGACUUGUACUUGACACUGGAGCGAGGAGACUUUGAGAGAGGAGGAAAAAGCGUUCCGAAGAACAUCGAAGUUGGCAUUUACGUGCUCUACGCUGACGGAGAACUUGUACAGGACUGCAUCAAUCUGGGUUGCGGUGAGCCCAACGUGGCAGAGCAUCGCUCCUUUGUGCUCUACCACAACAACAGCCCCCGAUGGAGCGAGGCCAUCAAACUUCCCAUUCCCAUCGACCAAUUCCGAGGCUCUCAUCUUCGCUUCGAGUUCCGACAUUGUUCCACCAAGGACAAAGGAGACAAAAAACUCUUCGGUUUUUCUUUCACCCCACUGAUGAGGGACGACGGGACUACACUGUCCGAUCAGAGCCACGAACUGUUCGUUUACAAGUGUAAUGAGAACACCACUUUCUGUAACCCCAGCCUCUAUCUGGCCCUGCCCUGCUGCAAAGACCACUUGAACCUGGGGGUUCCCGGCAUGGCCUUUCAGCGCAGCAUGAGGGAAAUUUUCUGGAUCUCCACCCAGCUUUCGUCCACCAAGCUCACCCAGAAUGUGGACCUUCUGGCUCUGCUCAAGUGGAAAGCUCAUCCUGACCGAGUCGGCGACAUCCUCGGUCGUCUGCGACAUGUCAGCGGAGAGGAAGUCGUCAAGUUUCUUCAAGACAUUCUGGACACAUUGUUUUCCAUUCUCGAUGACAACACAGACAAAUAUGGCCCUCUGGUCUUUCAGUCUCUGGUUUUCGUCAUCAAUUUGCUGAGGGACAGCAAAUAUUUCCACUUCCGAGCUGUCAUGGACACGUACAUUCACAAACACUUUGCUGGGGCUUUGGCCUACAAGGAGCUGAUCCGAUGUCUCAGGUGGUCCAUGGAGCGUUCGGCCGAGGCGACGCGACAAGAUCACAUCCAGGACGUAAUGCGGGCUCUGGAGUAUCUGUUCAAGUUCAUCGUUCAGUCUCGGAGUCUUUACUCUCGCGCCACCUGUGGGAUGGAGGAGGAACAGUUUCGGAGCAGCAUCCAAGAACUCUUUCAGUCCAUCCGCUUUGUUCUCAGUCUGGACCGGCCCACCUGUGAGACCCUCAUCUUCACUCAGCCCAUUCAAGGCCCGAGUCAGACCGGGCCCCGGGCCCAAGCCCUGCCCCCCGCCCCAGGCCUGGUUGCUUACAGUGCUCAGGUGUUGAGCUCCAACACCCUGCAGAUGCCGCCUCUGUCAGUCGCUGUGUUGAACUCUUUUCCAGCCAUCUUUGAUGAGCUGCUGCACAUGUUUUCAGUCCAAGAAGUGGCAGAAUUUGCGCGCGGCACUUUGGCUAGUUUGCCAUCCAUGCUUCACAUUCCAGGACAUUCCAUGGAUGCCGUCAAACUGCAGUCCAUAGCUCGCACCGUUGACAGCAGGCUCUUCUCUUUUCCAGAGUCUCGAAGGAUCAUACUCCCUGUGGUUCUUCAUCACAUUCAUCUUCAUCUGAGGCAUCAGAAAGAGCUGUUAAUGUGCUCUGGAGUUCUCACCUCUCUUUUCUCGAUCAUCAAGACCAGCUCGCUGGAUGCAUCGGUGCAGGAGGAGGUGGAGAUGAUGGUGGAGUCUGUGCUGGAGGUCCUCCUGCAGACCCUGCUAUCAAUCAUGAGCAAGAGCCAAUCACAGGAGGCGGUAAGAGGUCAUCGCUGUCCUCAGUGCACCGCCGAGAUCUCUGGAGAGUUUGUGUCCUGCCUUCUGUCCCUCCUCCGUCACAUGACUGACGUCCACUUCCAGCACCUGAUGGAGAACUUUCAGAGCAAAGAAGUGCUCAAGGAAUUCAUGAUGAAGAUUUGGUGCGUGUUUCGAAACCUCAUGAAGCUGAGUAUUUUCCCACGGGACUGGAACGUGAUGAGGCUCCUGACGAGCCAGAUCAUCCUGUCCACCGUGCAGCGUCUGGCACCAUUUCAGCUCAAGAACUUCGUAGGAGCUGACUUUGACUUCAAGGUGUGGAGCUCCUACUUCAGUCUAGCAGUUUUAUACAUCAACCAGCCCAGUUUGCAAUUGGAGAACAUGAGUCCAUCAAAAAGGAAGAAGAUAUUUGACAAGUAUGGAGACAUGAGGGUGAUGAUGACGUACGAACUCUUCAGCAUGUGGCAGAACCUGAGUGAAAGCAAAAUUCAUUUUAUUCCCGGGAUGAUUGGUCCAUUUUUGGGAGUCACGUUGGUCCCUCAGGUGGAGGUCCGAAAUAUCAUGAUACCGAUCUUCCAUGACAUGAUGGACUGGGAGCAACGCAAAAAUGGAAACUUCAAACAGGUGGAGGCCGAGCUGAUUGAUAAGCUGGACAGUCUGUUUUCAGAAGGCAAAGGCGACGAGAACUACCGAGAACUCUUCAGUCUGCUAACUCAGCUGUUUGGACCAUAUCCCAGUCUGUUGGAGAAGAUCGAGCAGGAAACGUGGAGAGAGACGGGCAUCUCCUUCGUUACUUCAGUCACUCGACUCAUGGAACGUCUUCUGGACUACAGGGAUUGCAUAAAAGGAGAUGAGCUCGAGAACAAGAAGAUCGGUUGCACGGUCAAUCUCUUGAACUUCUACAAAUCUGAGAUCAACAAAGAGGAGAUGUACGUCCGCUACAUCCACAAACUGUGCGACAUGCAUCUGCAGGCAGACAACUACACUGAGGCGGCUUUCACGCUCUUGUUGUACUGGGAGUUGCUGCACUGGGACGAGCGGCCAAUAAAGGAUCUUCUGCAUUAUCCCGCUCAGUCCGAGUGGCACCGCAAGGAGGUGCUCUGCCGAAAGCUCAUCCACUAUUUCAACAAAGGAAAGUGUUGGGAGUUUGCGAUUCCUCUGUGCAGAGAACUGGCCUUCCAGUAUGAAUCCAUGUACGACUACCAGAGUCUCAGCUGGAUUCGAAAAUUGGAGGCAGCAUAUUUUGAUCACAUCAUGGAGCAUCAACGUCUGGAACCGGAAUUCUUCAGGGUGGGAUUCUACGGCAGGAAGUUCCCCUUCUUCCUCAGGAACAAAGAGUUUGUGUGCCGUGGUCAUGACUAUGAAAGACUUGAGGCCUUUCAGCAAAGGAUGCUGGGAGAAUUUCCACAAGCCAUCGCCAUGCAGCACCCAAACCAGCCUGAUGAAGCCAUUCUGCAGUGUGAUGCUCAGUACAUCCAGAUUUAUGCCGUUACUCCAGUUCCUGAAGCUGUCAGUAUCCUACAGUUGGACCAAGUCCCUGAGCAGAUCAAAAGUUUUUACCGGUUCAACAACGUUCGCCGUUUCCGUUACGACCGACCUUUCCAUAAAGGACCCAAAGAUCGAGAUAAUGAGUUCAAGAGUCUUUGGAUUGAGAGGACAACGCUGAUUCUUGCUCAUCCUCUGCCUGGAAUUUCACGCUGGUUUGAAGUGGAGAAGAGAGAGCUGGUGGAGGCAAGUCCGUUAGACAAUGCCAUCAGUGUGGUGGAGAACAAGAACCAGGAGCUGCGCACGUUGAUCACUUGCUAUCAGCUUAAGCCUCCGCACAACAACAACGUCAACCUUCUCAGUAUGACGCUCAACGGAGUUGUCGACGCCACCGUCAAUGGCGGCAUCACCAGAUACCAGGAGGCUUUCUUUGACAAAGAUUACAUCAGCACACACCCUCAGGACAGUGACAAGAUCACACAGCUGAAACAUUUGAUGCAGGAGCAGGUUCACACUCUUGGAAGUGGCCUGGCGGUGCAUGACAAGCUGGUGCAUCCUGAAAUGCGUCCGCUGCACAAGAAGCUGAUGGAUCAGUUCCACGUGAUGAAGAGCAGCCUGAGCCAUGGUCCGAGUGCAGGGUCCGACCAACCAAACCCCACCAGAGGGAUUGUGAGUCCCGAGGGCUUCAAAAAGCAUCGACACAGUGAGGUGGAAAAUGUUGGAAACUUGCUCAUCCUGGCUGACAACAAAGACUUCUACGGCAUUCAGGCAAACCACUGCUCCUCCAGCCUUAGCUCCACCCACUCCGCAUCCUCUCACUUAAUCAACUCAUCUCUGUGGACACACAAAGAAAAAAGCAGAAACAACAGAGAAAUGUUGAUGCUCUUGCCACCGCCGCGGGAGCGUCCGAACAGCAUCAUGUACCAAAACUUCAGCGAGAGUGGACAGAGAGCAUUUCUCCAUCAGCUGAUCAGUCCAGCUUGUAAACCCAGCAGCGACCCCAACCUGUCGUUCACUGAAAAAGUUGUGAGCACGCCCAGUAGUUGGAGUUUAGACAGCGGUACCAGAGACGUCGUCACCGUUCUGCCUGCUCACAUUGCUAGCAUCAGGGCGCCUCCCGUUCCGCCCAGAAGUGCGCCACCACACGGUCAAUACCUGUCGAUGUACUAUGGCGCUUUCCACCACCAACUCAGGGACCUCCCUUGUGCUCUCCCUGUGCGCUCCCUAAGAAAGUCUCACCUGCAAUGUUCACUUGCCUUGCCCACCAGCCCGGUGUCCAUCCCGGAUCACACUAAAUCCACUCUGUCAGACGGCAACAGUACCUCAGGGGUCUUCACUCGAAGCGAAAGUAACUCAACUGACACCUCUGAGUUAGCUGGCAGCCAGGCUGAGCAGGGGGGCCACUGGGGUGACCCCCUCUCACCUUACUGGCUCAUCGGCUACAACGUCUCAAAUCUAUGUCCGAGCCCCUCCGCGCCUCAGUUUCACUGGUUCGGCAGCUUCGGAGAAGGAUCACCGCCAUGCUGCCAAUAUCUCCACUACAUCCCCACCCACUCGCCUCUCGACCGGCCCACUGAACCUCCUCCCACUCUGCCACGCAAACUUUACUUCAGAGAGGGGGGGUCUCCCUAAUGAACUGCAUUCUGUACCUGCACUCGUGCCAUGCAGCAAGUCUCAGUCCCUCUUUGGUGCCACCAAUCAGGAGCAAGGCAGAGUGGCAUGGGCACAUGGCAUCACUCAGGAGUGACAACCAGCCAGAGGGGCGUGGGCACAUGACAUCACUCAGGAUUGACUUGCUCACAUGUGAAAAGUGACCACACUACACGAACAACUGGCCAACAGAGGCCACACCACUCACCACAUCACACAAGACAACAUAAUAAAAAAAAGAAUAAGAAUGCUUUAAAGUACAUGUAUAUCUAUUUUUAGAUGAGAAGGAUAAAUAUGUAGUUAGUGAUGAGUGAAGUAGUUUGGUUCUUGUGUUGGGAGAGGUGUGUUUCCAUCCAGGUUCGUAAAAAAAUCAUAAUCGGAAUUUAACAGGAGCCAGCUAGACUAUGCGGAUGGAUGUUGAGAAAACUCACUCGCCAAUCCUCAAAAGAGGGUGCUGGCCACUGAGUUAGCAGGUUGGGAUUUUAGCUUAGAGUCAGUGUACUUAACCCGUGGGUUUGAACCGAACCCUGGUGUGGUCGAUGGCGCAGCAACCCAGAACACAAUGCGGAGCAAAGUCAGACAGUUAACACUGACUGUUGUUCAAAGUUGUACAUGUUCAGUAGCUCCUCUUCAGCACGGGAGAUAGCAUGUCGGGGUGCCCUUCUGCGCUCAGCUCAGAGAUGAAUGCAGCUCGAUUCACGUAUGGAAACCGUCCCAACGUGGGACCGGCGUCUGUAAUAGCUCGCCGUGUAAAAAAACUCAAAUCAGCCACCACUGCUGACCACCAAUGAAGGAGGUAGAUUUGCAUCACCAAGUGUCACACUUUUGCCUUUGGGCAGAAACCAAUUUGUAUCUCUUCCUUCUAAUAAACAUUACAAUGCAACUUUUUCUCCAUCCUUUAUUUCUGUCAUGUAUGGAGAGGAGCUGGACCAGAGAGCAGGCGAAGGCAGAUAGAUUAUGAUGAACAGUUUAUUUAGGAAAGGUAAUGUAGGUGGUCCUGGAUGCGUUGGCAGGCAGUGGUGAGGACAGGUGGCUGGCAUGGCGGCACGAAUGAUGUGGAUCAGGAACACGGGGAAACACUGAGAACAAGGAGAGACACAGGAGUCAAAAAGAAAACUGUGAGGCAGAUGUGCUAACCAGUCGUUCACCGUGCUGCUCAUAUAUUUCCAAUAUAUAUCAAAGGAUAUUAAAUCUAUUCACCAGUCAGUCUCACUAGAGGAAAUGUGAAAAAGCAAUCAGCAGAGUCCAGUAGAGGGUCACAGGCCAGGGCCAAAACAGCAUUCUUUCCGCACUAUCCCCAGUAACGUACAUUUCCUAUUAAUCAAACAUGUCGUUUAGUUUUGUUCCAUGUUUUCCUGUGUUCCAUGUUUGUCGUGUCCUCAUUAGGUUGUCGGGUCCACCUGUUCUCGUCUACUUUGUGUCGACCAAUCAGCUCUCUCCAGCCACUCGUGUCUUGUCCAGGUGUUCCUCGUUGUCUCGUCAAUUUGUUUGUAUUUAGUUCCCUGGUUUCUUUCUCUUCUUGUCGGUUCAUUGUCGUUGUCACAUGUCUUUGCCAUGUCAUAGUCGCCAGUUGUCUUUAUCAUUGCGGUAUGUCAUUGUCAGGUGUCAUUUUCCCUAUCUAUUUCGCGUCUUACUCACUGGUCAUAGUUUGUUUCCAGUUUUAGCUAAUAAAGUGUUUGUUUGUUA